GGUGAUAUAUAAAUAAAAUUGAAUUGAACUGAAAGUCUGCAGUCCUCCCUGCAUGCAGAUGACUGUGCACUGAGGUGCUGAUAAGCUUCCAUGCUGUGAUUGGUGGCUUCAGGUCCAACAGGAAGGUGUGAGCAGAGUUUAAAGGUUCUGCAGGACUGCAGACAUUCACGGGGAUCUGGACCACAGCAAUGGCUCUGCUGAAGCUUCUCCUCCUCCUGCUGGGGCUUGGUGUUGCAGUGAACUCAGACUCAGUGUCUCUGCAGAAGAGAAUCAUUGGAGGUCAUGACUGUCUUGAUAACGAGCGUCAGUAUCAUGUGGUGCUCUAUUCAUCUGGUAACUUUAUCUGUGGAGGAUCUCUGAUCAGCGAUCGGUGGAUUCUGACAGCAGCUCACUGCGUGAUUCCAGGGGGCCUUACUGCACGAUUGGGAGAACAUCCACCCAAUAACAAUCAAAACCUUAAUAAUAAUCAACACUCUGUUCUGGAUCGGUUUGAAAUCUUUGGUCCCAACCAUGACAUCGUGAUGGUGAGGCUCCAGACACCAACAACCAUCAGACCCGUUCAACUUCCUAACUGUCAGAAUCGUCUCAGAAUAGGUGACACAGUCCAGCUUGCAGGAUAUGCAUCAACAAGGACAGGCCCUAAUAAUGUGCGAAUCCCAGGACGCAACCCUGGCCGUCUUCAGUGUGUCGACAUGGAUGUUACUGCCAUUAAUGUUAAUCACCCUAGACGCGGACAUAUCUUCACUGUCCAAUCUCCGGGCAAGGAUGUAUGCAAAGGUGACUCUGGUGGAGGAGUGGUGCGCAACAACAUGAUUUAUGGUGUGAUUUCUGGUAUUGGUGUAAACGUAUGUCAGCUACCAGUUCGUGUGAUGGAUGUCUGUGCAUACUUGACCUGGAUCAACCAACUGCUCAAUCAUCCGUGACAAAUCAACUAGGAGCUCUGUGGUUUGGCUUCCAGGACUAAAACAUUCAGAAAUUAUGUUUCACAAGAACAUUUUGAAUGAAUCCACAUUUUAAAUAUAGUCUCCACUGUUACAUAAAUAAA